AUGACGGGAACAGAUGGCCAACCAGUCACCGCCACGACAUCACGUGACGAAAUUGUUGUGAAGAAGGCCAGCUCAUCCGACAUCGAGAACAGCGGACAGAGAAGUGCAAUGGCGAAUUUGGUUUUCGAUUCACCAGUUACUUUAGUUGUAAAGACUCCUAACCAAAAAGUGGACGAUUUAAGAAUAGACUGUGCAUUGGAGUGGUCGGUAGAACAACUAAAGCGACAUCUUUCUAGCGUGUAUCCAACAAAACCGGUGAGAUUUUGACUUCCGUUUGAUAACUGCGUUUCAAGCCACUAAUGUUGGUGAAAUUUGGUCAACUGUUAUGCUGAUUUCUUGUUUUUCUUUUUUCAAAGGAAAGCCAACAUCAAAGACUCAUUUAUUCGGGGCAGCUGCUCAACGAUAGUUUAAUUCUAAGAGAUGUGCUGCGAGAGGUAAGAAUCAAUGUUCGAUAAACGUAAAUAAACAGUUGAGAAAAUCUCCAUAUUUUCUUAACUUCCUUCAGCGACGACUACGCUUUAUCCAGCAGCUGAGCACACAUGCAAACUCUAUCGGAUUUUAGUUCUAUGUUCAAGCGGAGUUAGUGAUUUAAGAUAGAAUGAUUUGCUUCAUGUAGGUUAAGACUAACAUGCGUUGUAAGUAAGCAUUCAUGUAAACGAACGUGAAAUUAGUCAGAUUCAGGUUUAUUAGCAUAUUUGAGUAAUAUAUAUAAAGACCUCUGUCUUGAUUUGCAAAAUUAUAAUUUGUUUCUAGUGAUUUUAGAUUGAAACAUUUUGCAUUUUCCGCAAAGAAGCUCAAUAGGCAUACAUUCCUUAAAAUGUCGUGGCAAAAAAUGUGUUGAGCUCAAGCUUUCUGUUUGAUUUGAAAAAAAAAAACAGACUUGAGCUGUCCCAAAUAACAAUUUUUAUGAGCGAGCACUAGCAGCAUUAAGAGUGUGUGGGUGCCUCAAACUAAGUGUUAACUACAAAAAAAAUAAUACAAAUUCAAUUAUAUAUAAUUGUACAAUUAUAUAUUAAUUAUACAAAUUCAAUGCCAAUUUUUGCCAUAAUACAUGUAUAUAUGGUAUAAACCUAACAAUGUCAAAUUUUGAAACCUCGCAGUCCCCCAAAGUCUGGAGUUUACCAUUCUAUUCAGGUCCCUAACCUACUCUAGCUAGGAUAAGCCUUGGUAGGUCAUUAAUAAUACAAUUCGAUAGUUUGCCCUGGAAACCGUAGAAACAAUCGAAAAAUCCACACUGUAUAGCUUCUAAUGGGAAUAGCUGCUUACAUUGGAUAUAGCAGCCAGGAGGGUUCAAAUACAUGUAGAUCGUCAAGCUUGCAGAGCAGCUUGUGGGCUUCAGUAUCCUGGAGUAAAAGCAGUUCUGUUUGCUUUCAUAAGAGAUACAUGUAUGGAGCAGGUGUUCGCUAAGUAUUCCCAGUAAACAGCAUGCAAAGAAAGUACAUGUAGUGUCUGAUAGCCUGGGGCUAGAGGAUUUUCGGGCUAGUGUCUUUUGUUCUUAGCUUGCCCAAUGGGUAAGUGAAGUUUUUUGAGAAUUCAAAUUACAGAAGGACUGUGUAUUCAAACCUGCUCAUCAAAAAGCUUUUAGGGCUAGUUAAAGUGAUGUUUGGGCUAGUACAUGUACAUGCUAGCUACAGCUAGCCUGAAUGGCAAGCUGUAAAACUGACUUUCUUUGCACCCUGCAGUAAAGGAUUUAAUAAUAUUUAAUAAUGUUCCUUACUGUCUGGCACAGCUAUGACAUAACUUUCUCAAAAGGUUUUAUUUGCACUAUUGCAUCACAGAUUUUUUUGGAUGCAGACUUGAUACAUGUAGGUGCAAUGUAGAACUGUAUAUUAUAACUCCACUGGAAAUCAAAAACAAGAAGGAAGUUAAAGUUUGUUUGUUUGUUUGUUUGUUUUGUGAUAGCAUGAGGAAGGCAAGCAACACACUAUGCAUCUUGUUUGUCCAAUGGCUGUGGAAACAAAGUCAAACAAAGAGUCUCGAGUAACAGUAAGUAUGCCCAUAUAGAAUGCACAGAUAACAUUUAUUUCUCAUGCUUAAAAUUUUCACCCCUAGGGUUCAUGUGAUCUGCAAGUAAGACGUAAAGCCUGUGGAAGCAAAAACGUUUGUUGCAUAGCUUGUAAUAAUAUGAACUGAACUGAAAACUUUAUUAAUGUCUUGUAUCUUCUUGUCAGUUACAUGUACAGCUGUAGCGUACUAAUCAGUUACGCCUAAUAGUUAUUAUUAUACUAGCCAUAACCAAAGGUUACAGAGUGCGGGCAACAAUGAUCGAAGGCCAAAACACUUUUGCUCUAGCACUGUGAUUUGCAUAAGUUUUAUGUGACAGAUGGUCAAAAAUGCACGUGAUCAGUAUUUCGAGUAAUAGAAGGUCCGAACGCACGUGAUCAAAAGGUGUUCUGUGCAUUCCAUACAUUCUUAGUGGAAGUCCAAAUGAAUGCUGGCGUGCAAAGAAAGUCAUGUCCGAUAGCCCAGGGCUGUAUGCCCGUAUGGCAAGCUGUGAAACUGGCUUUCUUUGCAGCCUGCUGCAUACAUGCGACGCAUGCAUAAUAACAACCUGGAGAUUAGGAUUGCAGGCUCCUCUUGUCGCCCACAAUUAAUCAGAUUUUAUUGUUCCUGUUUAAAUGCGUAGUUUUUUAACUUCAAGGAUCACAUCUUCAUGCUACUUGUACUUUCACUCAUUCUCUACCUUCAAUAAUAUAGCAGUACCGUAAAACUUUUAAUUCCUCUUUUUCAUUACUGAAUGUCCUGAAUAUAAUAAUACGUUUGAUGUGACCUGAAUUCUUGAUCAAGAAUUUACUUUGAUUUCAGAGUGGGCCCAGUGUUCCAAACACCAGUAGCAGCACUUCAACAAGUUCAACUUCCUCAACACCCGCUAUGUCCCAAACUAACACUGAUGGCCUGCGAUACAGAGGACCUAACACACCAAACUUUCCUCAGUUUCCUGUAUACCAGUGAGUUUCCGUUAUUUCCGGGAUUUGAAAACAAUUUCAGUCAUAUUUUGUCUGUUUUUGCUGAAAAGGAAGUAAUGCUACUUCCUAACAACAUGUAAUAUAAUACUACCUUUUAAGUGUCUAUGAUACCUUCUCACACACUCUGAAGUAUUCAUCACACUCUAAACAUAUGUUAACACAACGGUUUGAAAGUAUUUGUUUGGUAAGAAUUAACUUAGCAAUGAACAUGCAUGACUUAAGGUUCCAUUGUUUUAUUGAAAACUAAUCAACGUGUAUCUUCAAAAAUGUCUUCAUGUAGUGUGUUGGUUAGUUAUUGAAUUUAUUUUGUUGCUAUUUAUUAAAUCACAGCCAGCAAAUGUCUCAUGCCACAUACAAUUUCCCUGUCCAAGGACAAGGGUUUGCUAUGCCUCCAUUUGUGGCACCGCCAUACUGGAUGCAACAGAUGAUUGCUCAGCAGAUGGCACAAGGGAGAUUACCUCAACCUAACAUGUAUUUGCCACCAAACUAGUAAGUGUAUUAUCAAGUAAGUAUAUUAUUUUGCCUCAAGGCAUUUUGCUCAGUACAGCUGUUCAUGGAUCUGUUGGAAGAACUGAUGUCUUCAGGGACUGUUAAAAUCUACAUGUGUUCCUGUAUGUACAGAGAAAACUUUAGCUACACAUGUACAGUGUAACAGCACACUUUCCAAAGGUUAUUCAGAACAAUACAUAAACCCUUAAAAACUGAUACAUGUUUCUGUGAGAGAAUUUUUAUAUUAUAUUAUUAUUUUUUAUAUUAUUUAACUGCAGCAGGAUUAGCUCAUUUGGUAGAGCGCUUGACUGCAGAGCAGGAGGUCACGGGUUCGAUUCCUGGGGCCUGACUAGUACUCAGGGUCUUAAAAUAACUGAGAAAUGAAGGUACUCCCUUUGCACUGCAAGCAGCGAGACCUUCAUCACGUAAAAUGGCAGUCCAGUCUCCAUUAGGAGACAUAAAUAUAGUGUCCCCAAUUAACACUUUCGUGCUAAAUACAUUGACACUCAAAGAAGGUGCAUUUUAUUGUUUAUUAUUAUUAUUAUUUUUUAUAUUUUUACCAAAAAUGAGGUUAUUAUUAUCUUGCCAGCUCCCUUACAUGUUGCUAAGGUGUCUUUUUUCCAUUCACAACAUGUCAUAGGCUGUGCAAAAACAUUUUUGUAUUGGUACACUGUACUGUAUUGUCCUUAGACCCCACCACCUUCGCUGAGUUCUAGAUGUGCAGCUGUUAGACCUUCUUGUCAUGUUCAAAGUUCACAUAUUAUGUGCCCCGUAACAAGAAGCACUAUCAUGAAGUUUUAAUUUACUAAGAUCAACAUGAUACAUUUCUAUUUUUCUAUCUGCAGUGGUUAUCCACAAAUGCUCUACCCUUGGUACCAACCUCCUGGAAAUGUCCCUGUACCUCAAGCACCUUUAAUAACACCUCCACAGACACCCCCUCCUCCUCAACAGGCUGCUGCUCAGCCUGCACAGGCACCCCAGCCACAAGCCAAUAAUAACGCCCAAGCAAAUGCCAAUGCAGGGCCUUUGUUUGAUGAUGAAGAUGAGGAUAAUCCUAAUCGCGAUUGGCUGGACAAGAUUUACACCCUCUGUCGUAUAGGAAUCUUGAUGAGCAUAUUUUGGUUUUACUCAUCGACUAGUAGAUUCCUCUUAUUGGUUGUCACCUUUCUGUUAAUCUAUUUGUACCAGUCUGGGAUUCUUAAUAUCUUCCGAAGAAAUGGCGGUAAGUUGGCUCCUCAAUACACUUUUUGCUACAUGUACAGUCUACUAACAUUUGGUAAAAUCCAACUAGUGGUCUAUUAUCAAUGCUGCAUUCUGAUUGGUUGAGCUACUACUAGGCUAUAUGUUAUAGCCCACUAGUAGCGAAAAGCGCUGGAUUUUUGGCAGCAAAAAAGGAUUUAAGUGUUGCUUUAGGUUGUUUUGUCUCGAUAUUUUUGACCAACUACUUGGAUUUUACUAAAACAAUAUUCCUCUCGCCCUCAUGGCCUUUGAGUCAAUGGCCCAUUCAGGCUCGAGGAAUAAUUGUUAAAAAUACAGUGUAUGUGGAAGUUUAAUAGUUAGACCUUCUAUACUAGACAUUAGUGAUAUGCUAAUCACAAAGUCAGCCAUCACUGAUUGUUACAGAAAUAUUUUUUCAAUUAACUUAAUAAUAUUAGUGAGUCAGCAAAAAGUUCAACACAUUAACCAACCUUACACACUGUAUACAGUAUACUAAUAAUGUUAUAAGCAACAGGAGAGAGUGGACAACACUACAACAAAAAGAAGGAAAAAAAAAAAGUAAACAAGUGAAAAUGAGAUUUAAAAAACAGCCUAAAAAUGAAUGCUGUUAAGUUGACCACAAUUCCUUUAAUGGACACCAUCUCAAAAGAGAGCAGGUUAUAUGAGCAGACUUAUUUGCCUAUGGCUUCUUAGAAACAGUGUUUUCAUUGUUUGGUGUUGAUACCAUCAGACAUGAGGUUAUUGUUCUUUUAGGGUGGCAAAAUGUACUUACUGUACAUGUACAUGUAUAUCUUAACACAUGAAUACUUAAUGCGUAAAAACAAAGAGCAGUGUCGCUGUUGGGAUGAUACCUUAAUUUACAGUUACAGGAACAUUAUAAAUGUGAUCUAUUUUCAGAAAACAACCGGCAACAAGUUCCACCUCAAGCACCAGCAGAACCUCAACCACAACCAAGACAAGAUACUAAUGUAAGCAUUGCUACAGAUAAACUCCAGCCUCCUUCAAUAAUAACUUUAUUGUACAGGCAUAGUUCAAAUAAGUGAAAAUCUGUUGAACACCAUGUUGUGCAUCAUGCACAAAUGUAGAGUUUACAUUAUUGGGCUCAAAAUAACACCCAGUCAACAGACAAUGUCUGGCCAAGAUGACCAUUUGUCCUAACAAACUUAUGGUUUGCAGUUCAUUUUAAUGGGACACAUCAUUACAUGCGACGAGAAAAAAUACAUUUUCACACCAUUACAUUUAGAGGAACAGCAUAUUUUUUAAUUAUUAAAUAUGUUUUUUCUUGUUAAGCUAGUACGUUCAAGUUAUUGUUGUGUUAUGUCAAACAUUUUGACCUGUCAGAGCCUGAGGAGAGUCAUGACCAAGCGAAAAUUUUUUUGGUUGGUCAACAUGACUGGCAACAGUUCCAAAUUUAUUUAUUUUGAUCUCUGAAAUUAUCCAACAAGCAGUUAUUGAUUAUCCUGUAUUACAUGCAGGCCCCUAACAGAUCACCAGAUGAUGCAACUGACGGUAACACAGAAGGGAAUACAGUCGAAGACAGUGAACGCGGUGAUACCAACGACACUACAGAACGACCGGCCCCUCCUGCCCCUCCCCCAGGACCAUCAGCAGCAACUGUAGCUUAUAACUUUGUCACUUCAUUUUUUACGUCACUGUUUCCCACUGGACCAGCCGUCCAGAACUGAUUCAUUGGUGGUGAUCUCCUGACCAGAAUUGAAACGGUUAACUCUUGUAACUGAACCUGGAUUUACACUAGUGGCACUAAGCCUUCUUCAGAUGAAUUGGCCCUGUAGAAUAAUAGUCAUCUGUUUGCCAGCUUGUAUUGCCCAAAAUCUUGUUUUCUACAAUGGAUUCUUCAUUUAACCAGCUCCCAAUGAGGAUUAUUUAUGGAGCAAAUCAUAGUUGAUAGAGUGGAGUGGUUAUGAAGCCUGUCAGACUCCUUUGAUCUACAUAAUAUUCUUGUGUACCCGAUGGUUCAGGAACUUCCAUAGCAUUCCUAUUAUUUGAUCUUGCUGACGAAUCCAAAUAUCACAAUAGUUGUGAACAAAAAACAAUGGUCUGAGCAGCGUCGGGGAGUUUCCAACAUAAACUGCAGCACCGUUGUUUUAUCUUUGGUGUUUGCGGCCUUUCAUAACCAGUAUCUUGUACUAACUAUGAGGAAAUUUAAGCAGAUAAAAUUGGCUAACUAUUGCUUCCUGCUCAGUAACUUACAGUGUACUGUAAGCGUGGGGAGAUUUCCUAGGGUACAUGAAUGUUUAUUCCAGUACAAAAUGUAGUUAACUUCGUAAGGAUUAUCAGAGAUAUUUUUAUACACCUGUAGUAUAAUGCACCUUGUACAUGUAAUGUGGUGUCACCACCAAGUCUAGUUAAUAUAAUGCUAUUGUUCGGUAUUAUACAUGUACAGGCCAAAACGGGAAAAUUUGAAAAUUCUGUGUCACUUCCGAAUUUGCAGGGAUGGGCACAUUUAUUUUGGUAGAAGCAGUGUUGCAUUAAAUCUUUGUUCUUUCCCUUUGAGGCACGUUGUUUCUAUUGCAGCUGCAGUUUACUUUAAAAACUUAUUUUUGCUGGCUACUGCUUAGGGGUAAUAUUUAGCAAAAAAAAAGACCACAUAGCUGCACUUAUGAGCUUUCUUUGUGGCGUGGGACCUUAAAGUGGACAAGGUCCUACUCAUUGGAAAAGGCGUCUUUUCUACCUCCCCCUUUCUUAGAAUCAGACACAUGCAAAGUUUUACAUGUAAUUUGGGUUUUGUUAAAGUUCUUACAAGCUUAACUUGGACAAGUUGCGUUUACAUCAAAGCAACCCACUCAAGUUAAGAGCAGUGUCAGUUUACUUUGGGCAGAUGUCCUAGUUGGUUCUUUAUUUUCUGAUGUCACUAUGUUGAUGUGAUUGAUGUUAAAAAAUGACGAAGAGGUGGUUUAGAAAAAUAUCUCCUUUUCUUUUGGAAAAAGAUAUCAGUUGCACACAUUUUGGUGGCGGCAGGUCAAGUGAAGUCUAUGUCUAAGAUUUCUUUUUCAUAUUUUGUCUUAUUAAUAAUAAUAGUUUUUACAGAGCUGCAAAUAACAGCCAACUAAACUUGGUCCAUUUCCUACGAAAUCUUAACGCUGGUAAAAAAAAAAAACGUUAGUACCAAAGAUGAAUAAAGUCUUCCGUGAGCGUAUGUGAAUUUUCCUUGGUCGGAGUAUCUCUAGCCGCGCCUAACAUGCAUAGUUUUUCUUCAAAGGCGCGCAGAAGUGCUUCCAGUUGUUUUUGUCAGAAGCUUUUCCGUUGAAUGGUGAUUUUAUAGCCGGACACGUGUCCUUUCUAGGAAGAAAUUAUUUGCGGCUCUGUCUGUUUAAAUGGAAACCAUAGCUAGGGUUGGAAAUGGGGAGGGGCGGGGGGCGAAAGUGGGGUCCUGUUUAUGUAGGGUUGACGUUGUACAUAAGAGAUAAGAAGGGUGAACGAGUCAUGUAAAUAACAAGAGAAAUGUAACUUAGAAUUUCAGUACAGUAGAAUAUGAAGUAUCUACUGGUCAUGGCGAUAGGAAUUAAACAAUCGUCUCUACAUUUG